CAUUGCCCUAAGUUUCCCAUCUUCUCUCUAAUUGUCAUUGUAGCGCCGUCGUGUGUAGCGGUGCACACUGCUUCCAUGCAGUAGGGCGAAGUAGCAAUGCCGUGAACAGCCAUCAUUGUACUAAUCGCAUCAUGUGGUUCUUGGUGGUGUCACGACUGAUCUAUGAAGGAUUGGCUUCCAGUGAAGUGAAAAAUAUUGGUGACGGAAUGAGUGAUCAACGGCUAUUUGUGUUAAUGGUAUGAGACGGUGGACUUGGUCACUACGAUGCAGUCUUGCGUAGCAACGAUAAAGUAGCGACAGCAUCGUCGCUGGUGUACGAAUCUGAUUCUAGAUUUGGCUUGUGCAGUAAUUUUGUUGGUGGUGGUGGAGGUAGUGGCGGUGGCUGCAGUGAUGGUGAUGGUGAUGGUGAUGGUGAUGAUGAUGUGGUGGAGAAGGUGGGAAUAGCUUCAGCUAUUUAGCUGCGGGGGAUUUUUUGAUGAUGUUUGGGUGGUAAAGGUUGUGAUGUUAGCUAUGGUGAUGAGGUGGUGGUGAUGUUGACGAUGCUGGUGAGAUGGUGGUGAUCGCACGAUUUAUAGCGACGUUGUGAUCGUAAGAUGGAGAUGGGCAUGGGGGGUGGUGGUGGUACGGUUGUUGGGUGAGUGGAAGGGGUGCUGUGCUUGGUGGUGGUGCUGUGCGGUGUGGUGGGUGCGACAAUGAUGUGCUAUUGUGAUGCUAUGAGAGCGGUACUGUUCUGAUGGUUGCGUGAGUGGUGUGGUGCUAUGCAUAGUUGUGGUUGUGGUGGAUUAGAGGCAACGACAGGUUUGGUGGUAUUGCGGCUGAUGAUAGUGAGAAAAAGAGAAGGAAGCCGUGAAAAGAUCAAAAUGGUGGAGGAGAAUGGAAGUCAUUACGAUGAUCGGCAGUUGAAAACGUGUGUUGUGAUCGGAGGUAGGGGAUUCAUAGGCCGAUCGCUGGUGGAGAGGUUGCUCAAACUCGGUAAUUGGAUCGUCCGAGUUAUUGAUUCGUAUCCGUCACCCCAAAUCCUUCCUUCUGAGUCAAUCCUCUCGCAAGCCUUUUCCUCUGGCCGCGCCUUGUAUUUCCGCGUCGACCCCCUCAAUAAGCCUCAAAUCAUCAAAGGUAUAAAUAUAAUCACGUAUAAUAUCCUCCUCCACCAUCGAUUAAGUUAGAUAAAAUGAAUAAGAACAUAUGCAUUUGUAUAUCUGUUGUUACACUAAGUGUUUGUGCGCAUCUGUUAAUGUUAUGCUGAUGUUGAUGGUUAAUGUUACCUUCAUCAUGUGGGUAAAUACGGUUCCCUAGAUUUUUGCACAAAAUUCACCUCUUAAUCAUGAGCAAG